AUGAUGGCGAUCUGUACUUAUAACGCACGUACGCUUGCAUCGCAAGCGGCCAUCGAAGAUCUGAUGAUGCAAGCCAAGAAGAUCAAGUACGACGCCAUCGGACUGACCGAGACGAGACGACGUCACCCUCUCAACGCCGCAUAUGAAAGUGGAGAAGAACUGUUCUUAGGAACAUGCGACAGUAGAGUUGGUGGAGUUGGCGUCCUCGUCAACACGAGUAUGGCAAAGAACAUCGACUCUUUCGAACAACUUACGACCCGAAUCGGACAUCUGCGGAUGAGAAGAUGUGGUUCAACACCGGCUUUGACUAUCUUCGUCGCUUACGCUCCAACAUCAAGCCUCGGAGAAGAAGUCGACGUUUUUUAUAUGGACCUGGAGAAGUUCUACAGAAAAGAUCAUACCUUCUAA